GGACUUGGUCUAUAUCGUCAGAGUGUUGUCCCAAUCAAUAGUGUUUAUCAAUAUUGCCAAAUGAUGUACGUACACGACGCCUAAAAUAAGCCCAUUUGUAGCGGACUGGGUCUGCGAUAAGGAGCAGCGCUGGGACCAUGUGGCUUUUUCCUUGGAUGUCCUGUUUUCUGAUAGUCCACCAAAUCAAAGCAUCUAAGGAAUUUACAGUCCACUACACCGUCCCGGAUGUUGAGACGAAUCAGGCUGACGCACAGGCUCUGUGCGCAGCAUCCGGGUAUCACCUCGCAACCAUACCUGAUGCGCAGACCAUGGAGUUCCUUGAAGACUUUCUCAUAGACGACGUCGGGUCUGCCUACUGCACUGAUGCCUGGAUAGCCCUCGAGUACGAAGCCAGCAGUGGGCAGUUCAAAUGGCCGAAUGGCGAAGAAGCGGAAUACACCGACUGGUCUGGACUUUCUAGUGAACCAGAUCAAAUGAAUGCUGGCGAAGUUUGUGUUCGGCUGGCAUUGUUGUCUGCCGAUGUUUAUACUUGGAGGACAACAGCCUGUCACAUGCCGUACUUUCCUAUUUGCGAAAAAUGUAUAACAAACUACAUCGACCUCGUCCCCAGCCUCAACUUCGUCAACACGACGAUGCUCGACAUCAUCCAAGUAGCCUCCCCUAUAGAGUGCGCUGCUAGGUGCAUGGAAUUGUUCCAGUGUGACAAGAUGACGUAUGUCAACCACCAAUGUUCCAUCUACUCCUACAACAUAGCCACGUGUUCCACCAUGCAACUGAAGAUAGACCUCUAGCAAAAAAUGUUCUCGGAUGUGUUACUGAUGGACAUAUUUUCGCUGUACAGAGUUGCGACCUUUCCGUGUGCCAGAACACUAUGACCAUAGGUUCGAAUCCCAGGUUCAGUCUGAUGAUAUUUCCAGGUUUGUCAGCACCAUACCUGUGCUCGUGGGUAAACGUCGGAUCCUGCGUCAUUCCUGGCUUGUCAAGUUAACACGUUGUGAUAUAACUGAAAUACUGUAGUUCAAAACGGCGUUAAUCUCAUUUCUUUCGAAUCCCCCAAGAGAACAAUCUAAUUUGUACGACAUUUUGAAAAGGAAACUUUUCAAAGUCUCCUAUAAGAUGUACAUGUGUUUUUUUUUAAUAAUUCAAAAUUAUAUCAAGCAUACUGUACCAUGACGUGUUGAAUGGGGCAUCCUUGUCAUAUGCAUGGAACAGUGCUUAGUGUGGCGUUCAACAAGAAUAAAUCAUAUACACA